AUGACUGCUACUGAACCUAUCAGCGAGACUUACGAUGUGGUUAUUGUCGGAGGUGGCCCGGUUGGUCUUUUGACUGCAUACCAAAUAGCUCGAUUCGGCCUGUCGGUCUGUGUUUUGGAAAAGUACGACAAGCAGACUCAAGAUGCUUUUGGACGAGCAAUUGCAUUGUUUCCUCGUACUUUGGAGCAGUUAGAUCAAUUGGACCUUAUUGAGCCAAUGCUGCAGAAAGGUUUCGCAUGCAGAACAAGCGUGACAUACAAGGAUGGCGUUCAGCAGAUUCCUGGGCGUGUUUGGACGUUCAUGGAGAACAUCAAAGACACCGCUUUUGACUUUGUACUCGUUUUGCGCCAAAUGCAUACCGAAGAAAUAUUACGAGACAAGCUGAGGUCGGUUGGUGCUGUUUAUCGAGAAUCUACAGAGUGUACUGGAUUUGAGAUUGAAGACGGAUUCGCCUCGUCGGACGCUUAUCCUGUAAAGUCGACCUUCACUAGUACAAAAACACAAGAGAAGAUAGUGCUACGCAGCAAAUAUAUCGUCGGCGCGGAUGGUGGCCGAAGUUUUGUGCGCAGGCACGCAGGUAUCCCUUUUGAGGGAGAUACUUCGGAAGACAAAUGGAUCCGUAUUGACGGUAUUGUGGAGACUGACAUGCCUAUUAAGCGUGCUUAUGGUGCAAUUGAAAGCAAGACACACGGAAAUGUCCUCUGGGCACCACUGGAUCAUGGCGCAACCCGCAUCGGAUAUGCAUUCACUCCUGAAAUUGCGGCCAAAUAUCCGAGUGGUGUUACCGAAGAGGUCGCUGUGAAGGAAGCCAUUGAAUCCAUGCAGCCAUUCAAUGUCAAAUUCACCGAGGUACACUGGUGGACUUUAUAUACCAUCGGGCAACGCAUUGCCAAAAACUUCUCAACCAAAGAUCGCAUAUUCCUCUGUGGUGAUGCAGCUCAUACUCAUAGCAGUGGAGCAGCACAAGGACUUAAUACUGGAAUCCACGAUUCUGUCAAUCUUGCUUGGAAAUUAGCCAGCCAGAUACAUGGCUUUACCCGCCCUGAAGUUCUCCAGACUUAUGCCACUGAACGUCGAACUGCGGUAGAGAAAUUAAUCAACUACGACAAGGACAUAUCCCUUCUCAUGACGCACAAAUGGCCGUCUUGGUACACAGGGGAUCCUGCCGCUGAUCCGUAUCUAGUUUUGGGCCAGAUAUUCGAACAAGCAGCAUCUUUCAACACAGGUUUAGGUAUCAAUUACCCCGCUAAUAUUUUGAACCAAUUCCCUGCUGCUACGAGUCUCAAAAUCGAACCGGGAAACCGGGCAAUUGAUGUCGACCUUACCGUGCCCGGCAUCAAUAGAAAAGUGCGUUUUAACGAAAUAGCACGCAAUCUGGGUAGAUUCUGGAUUAUUGUAUUUGCUGGCAGAAUUGAGUCAACAAUUCCAUCUCUUCAAGCACUUCGAAAAUAUUUGGUCGACAGGAAUGAGCUAUACUCACAUCCAGCCACGAAAUGGCUUACAAUUAGCCGGGAUGCUGGCUGCUCCCCCUAUGAGACAUUGGGAAUGGCACCAUUUGGUGAUACAUACUACGAUAUUGAUGGCUUAGCACAUGAAAAGUAUGGAAUUGAUCUUUCAGUCGGUGGAAUCGUGAUAAUUAGACCUGACGGACUUGUUGGGACGGGCGGUGCUAUAGAGGGGAGCUUGAUUCAACAUUACCUGGAGACUGUGCUUAAUUUAUAA